GCAUGGAGCAGGCGGCGCGAUGAACGGACGCGCGUCUCCGCGCUGUGGCUGUGCGACUCGCGGCUCUACUGCAGCAGGCGGAGGGAUACACGGCUCCCCUCCCUCCCUCCCCGUCAUUACAUCCUUGCCACCGAAAAUAACUCGGCACGACGGGCUUCCCCGGCUGAAAUGAGGCUUGGGGGAAAUAUUUAGAGAUGCUGUUUGACUUGUCGAGCAUUUUCAGUACAGUUGGCCCUCCGUAUCCACAGGUUCUGCAUCCGCAGAUUCAACUAACUACGGAUCAAAAAUAUACAGAAAAAAUUUCCAGAAAGCUCCAAAAACCAAAACUUGAAUUUGCCGUGUGCUGAGCACUAUGCUGAAUCCACGUGAAUGAAGUGAUGUGUAGGCAUACCCUGCUGUAGCCUCCUGCCAUUUCACAGAUCCUCAGUCUCUCUCCAUUUGCUACGUGUCCACCCUUUGUUUCUGUGAAAAAAUGGCUCCUAAAAAGCAAUUAAGUGGUCAAAGCAUUUCCUCAAAGGCUAAGAGGGAGCGUAAAGUGCUAUCUCUUGCCGAGAAAAUAAAAAUCUUAGAUCUUUUGAAAAGUGGUAUGUCGUUUUCUGAAGUGGGCCGUAGGGUCGGUAAGAACGAAUCGAGCAUUCGCACAAUGAAGCAGAAAGAAGCUGAAAUUCGUGAAAGUGUUCGUACUGCCCCUACAACGGCAAAAAUGGUCUCUCUGGUUCGUGAUAAAGUGCUUGCAAAGACUGAGAAAGCAUUAAGUGUGUGGCUAGAGGACAUGUCACAGCAGCAUAUCCCUGUUGAUGGGAAAAUUAUACGUGAAAAAGCACUUAGCCUCUAUGAGCACUAUUGUGAGGGGGUUGAGGAGAGCGAGAGGAAGGAGUUUAAGGCUAGUAAGGGUUGGCUGGCUAGCUAUGUGAAGCGCUACAGCCUCAAGAGCUUAAGGAUUAUGGGAGAAUCAGCAUCAACUGAUGCCGAGGCAGCUUCAAUGUUCCCAGAAAAGCUCAAGAAACCCAUAGAAGAGAAAGGCUACCUUCCAGAGCAAGUUUUAGGAAAUAUGGCACAAGUUGCAACUACAUCAGUUAUAAAUGAAGAACCCUCUGGUGUCGAAAAUCUUCUGGAAGUAAGAUUCCUUGUGUCAGCACUGGAGUCGAUGUGCCAGGAAAUUGCGAAGUUAAAAGCUGAAGUGGCAUGUGUUGCUGUAUAUGAGAAAAAUGUAUUUGUGGUGGGAACAGAACAAGGAAGAUCUUUCAUUGGAAACCGAAAGGAUUUUCAAAUUGACUUUGUGAAAUACUUGGAAACAGAACGACCAACUAGGAAGGAGAACACACAGAUGCCUCCUGGGGGUUUACUCUAUGAUCACUUCUGUACAGAAGCCUGCGAGAUUCCUAAUUCAUCCUUGGAACACCAAAGUGUAAACUUUGUUCCAGUUACGGUGAAAACUGAGCCAUGUGAUGAUAACCAACCGAGUACAUCAAUUGAUCUGGUCCCAGUCAAAGUUGAAACAGAAGACCCUGAUUAUUAUCGAUACAGUGUUCAAGGGCCAGGUAUGACAACUUCAGACGUCAUUGAUACUACAAGACCUUCCGAAUUAAAGUCUUUCAAAGAAGAGUUGCCGAAUGAAGCCAAAGCAUCAAGUGAAGAGACUGAAGAGGAGUUUUCGACUGAUGAUCCAAUGCAGCAAGAGCAUUCUGAAGCUAGUGACUACCCAGAAGUAGAAGUUACUCUUGAAGAUGAUGAAUAUUUCCCAUCAAAUAAGCGACCAAAGAAUACUGUACAGGCAACAGAUGCUGGGGCCACAGUGAAGCGGAAAAGUAGGGAAUUCAAUUUUGAGCAAUCCAAUGCUAGGAUUACUGAUUUAAGAAAGCAAGUGGAAGAACUCUUUGAAAGAAAAUAUGCUGAAGCAACUCUAGCUACUGGACCAGUUGUGAUCCCAUAUAAACUUUUCCAGUCCAAUUCUGAAGAUCUUUGUGUUGAUGGCUUACCUGAAGGGAUUCCAUUUAGGAGGCCAUCCACCUAUGGAAUUCCAAGUUUAGAAAGAAUUCUUCUAGCAAAAGACAAGAUAAAAUUUGUUAUAAAAAGCUUGCUCAGAAUGUCAGAUACACCAGUAAGGAAACAAAAGCAUUCAAGUGAUGAGAGAAGCAGCAGAGAUUUUCAAGAAUGGUGGAGUGAAAGAUUUGGCAUGAUUAAAAAGGGUGAUAAAGCAUUCUGCAACUUUUGUUCUGAAACAGUGGUGUGCAGGACUUCUUCUGUAAAGCGGCAUUAUGAAACUGUUCAUAAGCAACUCUGCAAUAAAAGUGAGCAAGAACAAAAAGAACACAUUUCUCAAGAAAUCUGCAAAAAACAGAUGCAGUCACAGAUUUUGAAGUCGUUCAUUUCAGAUGGUCCCAAUUUAGUUGCUGCUAGUUUUGAGGUUUCAAAGGUUAUUGUUAAACAUGGAAACCCACUCAGUGAUGGAGAAUAUGUAAAAGAAUCAUGGCUAGAGUGUGCUCCUUUCCUUUUUAAUGGUUUUCCAGAAAAGGAAAAAAUCAUUCAGCGCAUUAAGGGUUUGCCAGUGAGCAGUAACACAAUAGAAGAAAGAAUAUUAAUGAUGGGAACAAACGUAGCAGAACAACUAACAAAAGAUAUUAGUUCAUGUAAAUUUCUUUCCAUUUGUCUUGACGUGAGCAUUGAUGUUAAAUCGCCAGCUAGGCUAGCCAUCAUUGCUAGAUUUUGUAGGGACGAUGAAAUACGCGAAGAACUGGUUAACUUGAUAAUGUUACCUGAACACACCACAGGGGUUGAAAUCUGUAAGGCAGUAGUAAAGGCAUUGUCUGGUCGACAAGUUAACCUUUCCAAAAUAGUUUCUGUGACAACUGAUGGUGCACCUAGCAUGAUUGCUAAAGAGGCAGGUUUUGUAGAUCUGCUUGAAAAUGAUGUUGGACAUCCACUGGUAGGCUUUCAUUGCAUAGUACACGAGGAGGCUCUGUGUGCAGAAGCUCACCUUAAAGAACUUGAAGAAGUGAUGAAAAUUGUAACCAAGGUAAUUAAUUUUAUUUCUGGACAUUCUUUUAAUAAAAGACGAUUUCAGAAUUUAUUGAGCGAGGUGCAGUCAGUGUACACUGGGCUACUUAUGUACAAUAGUGUUCGUUGGCUUAGUAAAGGUUCUAUCCUGAAAUGCUUUGUUGAGUGUCUGGAUGAAAUUCGUCUAUUUUUGACAAAUGAAAAAUUUGCUUGUCAAGAAUUAUAUGACAUUGUGUGGAUUUGUAAAUUGAUGUUUUUUGCAGAUUUCUCCUCACAUUUAAAUGAUUUGAGCACCAAAUUACAGGGAUGUGGCAAAACGCUUGAUGUCAUGUUUGAUAAUAUAAAAGCCUUUGAAAUAAAAUUGGAAGUAUUUAAACGUGAUGUGGAAAAUGGCACUUUUAAAUAUUUCCCUAACCUAAAAAAACAUAUGACAGGCGUUGAAAUUCCUGAAAAGACAGACAUUCAGAGCCUUCAGAUACAAUUUUUGAGCAUCAUUGGUUCAACUGCUGAACACUUUUCUUUCAGAUUCACUCAGCUCAGGUUGUUUGAAGAAACUGCAAAAUUCAUUAAGUAUGCAGACUGUGUUACAUUAGACAAACUGAAUUUGGAAAUACUACAGUGGAUUGAUUUGGUUAAUUUUGAAAUGCAAUUGAUUGAUUUACAAAGCAGCUCAAUUUGGAGGCAAAAAUUUGUUGACUUAAGAGUUGAACUAGAAAAUAUUGAAAGAGAUCGGUUAGUGACUGGAUCAAAACUUAAAAAUCCAGACAAUGAGAUUCUGAAGCUCUGGAAUUCCAUUCCUGAAACUUUUGACUGUCUGAAAGAUCUUGCAAUGGCAAUAUUAACAUUAUUUUCAUCAACAUAUUUAUGUGAGUCAUUGUUUUCAAUGAUGGACUUGGAACCUAAUUAUUGGAGUGGACUUAAUGAUGAAAUUAGUGCUACAUGCAUAGCCCUUAAGACGACCAAAUACAAACCGGAUAUAAAAUAUUUGUCAUCAUUGGUGCAGCAACAGGAGUCCCACUGAAUAAAGUGUGUUUAUUUUUCUUUCCUUAAUCUUUUAUAAGUAUGCAGCAAAGCUUGUAAUUUCAUGUUCACAUUUCUUAUGAAGUACAAUAACAAUACUAUUUGGAAAUACUUUCAAUAGUCUUUUUGAAAUAUUAAAAAUAUUUUGAACAGGU